CCGCUGUAAAUGCAUCUGCCCUCCUUACAAAGACCACUCGGGCCAUAUUUACAACAAAAAUGUUUCACAGAAAGACUGCUUGAAUGCUGCACUCCCCCAUGGAGGAGAAUGUAAUUCUACUUUCAAAUAAAUGAGAAAAUUAAGCCUUCUGCUCCCUUCCAGAGGAUAUGACUCGACAAUCAAUAGUUUUAGUUAUGAAGAAGAAACACAAAGAAAACAGAAGAGAUGAGCUGGUGUCUGGCCAUGUGUUUGCAGCAUUGUAAUCUAGCCCAGUGGAGUGUUGAAUCCUGGGCUGCUGCUGUCACUUAGGGGACUCUGGGAUGUGAACUCUGAACAGCCAACCUGAGUCAGCAAAAAGAUGCAAAUUACAUAAGUUAUUGGUGGAAGCAGUUGUCUCAUGGCAGCUGGAUUUUAGUGCUGUGAUAUAGAGUGCCCAUAAGAUUGUCAGCCAUGCUUUUUUGUCAUGGGACUGAAUUAUAUUUUUGUAAUCUUUUAAGUGAUAAUGUGUUUUCUCAUCUGGGUCUGGUGCUGAAAACUGAAUGCUAUUUAUCGACUAUUUUGUUGCUUAGAGAAACAACCCAUCUGACUUGUGUUUUUUUCUUCAGUGCCUGUAACUUGUGAUGGCAAGAAAAAAGAACUUCUGUUCAAGAACACCAAAGAGAGGUUAAUCUCCCUUCAGAUAGUGGAAGGAUAGAAUAAGGCUCUUUUGAAUGUGAUGAAGAAAGAAGUGUAUAGCUGGAAUUACUUUCAUCCAUUAUGUCAGUGUCAAAUGAUGCAUUCGUGCUGGGAUUCAAAUCCUUGGACUUGUUAUGCUACCAGCUUUAAUACUUUCACUGAAAAAUGAAAACAUUGUAUUGAGUUCGAAAGGUCUUAAAACUUUUUUAGCAGCUUGUCAAUAGCUGAAUUUCUUGUUUAAGUAAAAUAAUUGUGGAGUAGUGAUUUAUUUAUUUACUUUUACGUCUUGGAUACCUCUAAUUUAGAAUGGCUGAACUUAAGCAAAGGUGGCUUCUCACCUCAUGCAGCUGGGGUCUGUACGCGUAGUGGAACAGGUAAGCUAAAACCAGCUCAAAAGUGACUGAACAGUUUCUGUCUUUCUUCAGUGAUUGUCUUCAUGUGGUUGAGCCUAUGCCUGUCCCUGGACCUGAUGUAGAAGCAUACUGUUUACGUUGUGAGUGCAAAUAUGAAGAGAGAAGCUCUGUCACAAUUAAGGUUACAAUCAUCAUAUACCUGUCUAUUUUGGGCCUGCUUCUUCUGUACAUGGUGUACCUUACACUGGUGGAACCUAUACUGAAGAGACGUCUCUUUGGACAUUCACAGCUCAUACAAAGUGAUGAAGACAUUGGGGAUCACCAGCCUUUUGCAAAUGCACAUGAUGUGCUGGCUCGUUCUCGGAGCCGUGCCAAUGUAUUGAACAAAGUGGAGUAUGCCCAGCAGCGUUGGAAGUUACAGGUCCAAGAGCAACGCAAGUCUGUCUUUGACCGUCAUGUUGUGCUGAGUUAAUUUUGUCUCAGUAAGAUAACUCCAGGGAAGUAAAGUGGACUAAUUGAAAGAGCUGACUUACGUCUUCCUGAUCCUGCCAAUUCAGAAGGGUUCUCUUGAAUGGUUCAUUAUUGAUUUAAAAAAAAAAUAAAAAAAAUAGAGAAAAGCAUUUGAACUUUGAAGGAAUGUACUGGAGUAGAUGCAAUUUUAAAAGAUUAGUUAACCAAAAGCUAAUAUCUUUACCUUUUCAACUGGCUUUUACUAAUGAAACUGAAAAGAAAACAAACCCUAAGACAUCUUGGGUUGCUACUGUGGUACCUUAUUUACAGUUGUGACUUUAUGGUGGUUUUUAACUAUAUAUUUCUCUUUACCAUUUAUGUGGUUAAAAAGUACCUGGGAACACAGUAAUUACUUACAACUCACUAAUCACUUUAAGACCAUUUGUAAAUAUACUUUGAUUUUUCUGCUGACUAUUGCUAGGUACUGGAAAUCUAAAUCUUGCGGUGUAGUUUUCAUACCAGAGAAUGAAAUCCUGAUUGGCUGUAUUCAUCAUUUGGUUUUCUUGCACUCGUAUUUUCAAGAUGCUUGUAUGUCAAGUGAUGUUUGCAGAUUUAAGGCAGAACUUAAAUGGACACUGACUCUUUGAGCUGCAUACUUAAAGUACUGUGAUGUAGAUAAACUCAAAUGCAGUGCAUAUCAAGACAGUGUUGGCAGUUUGUUCUAUUUUGCUUUAAUAGCUUAAUAUAUUGUAUGUGUAUGAUAUCUCUUAAAAAAAAAUAUUUUCCCUUCUUUUCAUGGGUAAAGUCUCAGGAGUUAGUAUAUGAUGAAAUAUUUAUUAUAAAAAUCUUCCUGCAUUUGUCUGGAUUGAUGGUGUAAGGCACAUACUUUCUCUAGCACCUGUCAUCUUGGGAGUUAGGUGUAUUUUUUUAUCUGUGAUUCUGUACUCAUCUCUCUUAAGAGGUAUACAGUUGCUAGAUGACUGACUUUCAUAUAUCCCCUUUGGAAUGUAACAAUUAAAGAUAAAACUGAUUUUUGAAAAAUGGAUGUGCAUUACCUGUAUGUCAUCAUUUUUCUCCCUCAUUACCCUGCAUGUAAAUUCCAUCUAUAAAAGCACUUCUCUGAAAAUGCUUCAGAGUAGAAAUACGCAUUUGUUCAGUGCUUAGGUAAAGGAAAAAGUCUCGCCAAACUGCUAAUUCAAAAAAGUUUUUAAUCCCUGACUUAAAUUUAGCUAUACGUAUGUAGUUACAUUAUUGUCUGAUACAGUUUUCAGUUCCAGCGUGGAAGGAAAAGGUACAGGGAACAGUACUAUAUGUUGCUGGGUGCAGUUUUGGCUUGUGUAGCCCACAGCCUGGGGGACAGAGUAGCAUGGGAAAAACUGUACCUGUACACAUAGCUCUGCCACGUCAGGGGUGGAAACAUAUUUGUCCCAUAACAACAUUUGCACUGACUGCAGCUCUUGCAGAUACAGAACUUCAUUCUCUACUCAGUUCUGUAGUCUUCCAAAAACUGAUAAUCUGGAAGGAAUUAUAAUGGGUGGCUACUUGGUAGAGGCACCAAGUUGUUGUUAUGACAGUGAUCUACCUGAAGAAAAAUCAUGUAGCUUGUUUGUUGAAUAUAUGCCUGCCUACCAGUUCUAGUAGAUGUUCUACCUCUUGGCUGCCGUUCUGAUGAGGCCUGAAGCUGGUGUGGGAAGGAGGAUGCAGAAUACAGCAUUGUUGUGGCCCCACACAAGGGCAGCGGGAACAGAAUGCUUUCUCUGAUGGCUAGCAAUCCCAGGAAGUUGAGACUGGGUGUAUGUAGCUCUCCUAGGAGUAGAUCAAGUGUUUCUAAUCUUAUACUGUCUUCUGAAAGCUUUAAGCUAAACUGGUUUGGUUUGGGAUUUUUUCUGUGGCUUUACUUUGAUAGAAGGUCCAAAUAAUGAGAUAAAGAAUUGAAGUAAUCCUAUAAAAUGUGGGAGUUUUGGAGUUAGAUGUCAGAUUUCCUCGCACCUGUACAACUGGACAUCUAUGUGCUGAUAUAGGUAUAUACAGAUGCUACAUAUAUAUAUUUGAUUAUACUGACCGAUUGCUCCAUACUGUGUUUCUAAGUUUAAGCAAAACUUUAAGACAUUUGUCUUGCUACUGAUUGCUCACCAUUUUCAAAUCUUGUCUGGUCUACCUCUAUAAAUGCUUUAUUAGAGACCUCUUAUAUGGUUUUGUACUUCUUACCUGUAAUUUUGGGAAAUUCCCUUAGUGUUAUAAUGAAGAUUAAAUUUGAGGGUAUUAAGCUAACUAAUAUGGGUCCUCACCUCUAAUCUGGAGACAAAUCUAUCACAAGUUUCUUCUAAAUAAAUGCUGAUUUUCUGUGUCUAAAAUGAAGCUAUGAAAAUUAGUUUGCUUAUGCCUCAGUGAUAAAGACUUAAUUAAAUUCUAGCCAAUUGUUAUGUUUUGACAUUGAAGUACAAAAUGCCAAUAAAUGAAAAUACUGCUUUUAGUAAACUGUAACAGAAUACAUACAGGAAGUAAACAAAGUACAUUCCUGAUUACUUUUUCAGGUAAUCUGGUUGUGUUCAAUACAGUUUUAAAAUUUCUAGCCCUUAAUGCCAAGUUUUGUUGCCAUCAUAGCUGUGGUGUGGGUGGAAAAGCCAAACCAGAAGUGAGCAGAUCUAACAGUAAGCUACUUUGCAUGUUGUCAAUUGACUAUAAAUUGCAGCAGUCAUUGACUCAGCAGAACAAAGCUACAUAAUUCAGGUAAGAGACUUGUGUAUUGCUGUAUCUAGCCACAGAUCUUCACUGAAUAUGAAUGUUUUUGUAAAUCACUUCUACCAGCUAUUCAGUAACAGUGCUUCCAUAGCUUUUUAAUGAAUAGAGUUUAAUAUGUUAUCUUAUUUAAUAAGGUGUAAGAAAAAUGGAACAUUAACUUCUUUUUCUAAUAUCAUUCAGAUAUUUUCAGGUAUUAUUCAUCAGUCUUAAAAUAACAAGUCUUGUUUCCUUGGAUUUUACUUUCAUCUGAAGAUUGGUGAGUCUCUAGUCUAAAAGGAAAACAAUCCUAACACUUGCAUUUUGCACUUUGUGCGGGUACUAAGGCAGCAGAUAACUGUUGUAUGUAAUGCUAUUGUGCAGCAGAAGUGUCAGUACAAAGCAACAAAUACUGCAAGUAUCUCUUCUUGGGGCAUUGUGUUGGUUUGGUUUCUUGCUCUGUAGUGAUGUUUUGCGAUGAAGUUUUGGGAUUUUUUUUUUUGCUAUGUAACAGACUUUUUUCCUCAGACACUGUUAAGUUGUUAGCAGUAGAAAGUUUUUAGACAAUAACCCAACCUGUGUAAGUAGAAAAGGGAAAGGUGACUGCCUACUAUUUUCAUUUUAUAACAAGUGUAUAUAUUCACCUCUGAUUUUCUGCAUUAAUGUAAAAUGGAUGUGUGUUUGUGCUUUCAGCCUACCUGGAGAAUUGCCUGUUUAAGAUGUGUGUGACUUUCUCUCUUGUCUAACAGCAUGCUAUAAAUGAAUUCUUAACUCAUAGGAUUGCUGUCGUGAGAUCUAUGUGCAUUAGGAAGAGAUACCACUGAAUGCAGAGGCAUUUUGAUAGAGUAUGUUGUGAGAAUGGGUCCAUACCGAGUAAAAAUUCUCUCUGUAUUAAAUGUGGCAGGUAUGAAGCCGUUAGAAUAUGUUAAAAUAUUCCCAUACCCUUGUGAAAGAUUAAGGGGAUCCCAUUUAUGUUAUGGAACCAUUUGAAGCUUUGCAAGGUUUUUAUGAGUAUGGAUUCUAGCUGUUUCUAGUAACCUAGUUAAAUGUUCAGAUGUGUUUUCCAUUUUAGAGGAUGUAAUAUAACCUAACUGUUUCAGACAGCAAUGUAUAGAUGUGGAAGUGGAUGGUGAGUGAGAGCAUUUUUUGAUAGAUUCUGUGUCGGCAAGUAUUGCGUGCAAUCCCUGAGGAUGGAUCAUAGUAAUUCUUUUUAAAUUAACUAGUUAUUUAAAGUUUAUUUUUAAGUAGCUAUUACAUAACAAUUAUUACAGUUAUGCUGAUACUUAGCUGUUAGAAUAAUGAUAUUGGGAAGGUACUAUAAUGUAGCUUCCUAUAAAGCACUCCGAGAUUAUCUUUCUAACAAAUAUAUCAGGGUGAUUUGAGUAGUUACUCCUGCUGUGAUGCUGCUCUGAAGAGAGAGUAUGUGAUUUUAUUAGGCCAGUCUGAGUUACAGGCUUCUAGCAGUGGCCCAACGACUGUGUGCAGUCCCUUCUUUGUAAAAUAAUUUAUAAUUGGAGCAAUAUUAUUAGGACAUGCACUUUUUCCUUUAAUAAAUUAUUUCAUAAUCCUCUAUCAGGAUUGUAUUUAGUAUUUCAUAUCUGUGUUUAACUUGCAGGUGAGCACAGAAGGAACAUGAACACCCAAGGAGAAGUCAGGUUUAGCAGAAAAUCAUCCUCUAAACUUUUUGUAGAACUUCUUUUUUAGAAUGGACGUAAUACCUGACAGACAUAAAAUUAAAAAUGAGAUCCAUUCCCUACUCAAGUUUUCCAUCUAAUUAAGAUCGCGUAGAGAGUGAGACAUCAAAUGAAUAGAGAGGAAAAAAUAAUUUGUCUUUGAAGGCUUUGUGGUAUGGAUAGGGAGUCUGUUCCUGGAAUUGUAGAUUUAAAUUCUUUCAGGGAGGAGAAGGGGUGGAGAGAAUGCCUGAUGCUGGCCUGCUUUGUUUUUUGUCUGUAGAGAUGUAAGUUUUGGUGGAUUUGCAACAAGCUAGGCCUAUGUGGAGCACAUAAAGUUAGAUUCUCUUCAUUUCUGAUGCUGAGGUGAAAGGAUACUGUUUGCUGUUUCCUUUAGGAAGUUUUAGUGGCUUUUUUUUUCUUAAAAUCUGUUGUGAAUUGUUUUAAUCAGUGUUGCUGACUUGUACUUUCUUGUAUUUUCAAAUGGGACAUUGUCUGCUCUACAUAACGAUCUUCCAACACCAUUCUGAAAUGUCACAAAUGCACUAAAAGUCUCUUCUGGAAAAUGCCAGUGAUGCCAAGUGUUGGUAAGCCCAGGUGAGUUUUUUCUACUGUUUGGUAUGAGUUGUUUAAACUAUUAUGUCAUUACACAUUUCCAGGUUA